AUGGCAGUGCUUGCUUUUCUUUAUGCACUGCAGAAUAUGUUUGCACUUGUGGCCUAUGAUUAUGUCGAUGUGGCAACCUAUCAGAUUGUCUACCAGCUGAAGAUUAUUACGACUGCGAUGUUUAUGAUUGUGCUAUUACAACGUCGUUUUAGUAUUGUACAAUGGUGUGCUAUGUUUGCACUCAUGGCGGGUGUAGCAAUUUGUUCGUACUCGAGAUUACCCAACAUGUCAACAACUAGACACACAAGUGAAGCAAUGAAGACCAAGAGAUUUAUUGGUAUUUGUAUCAUGCUUGGACUUGCAGUCAAUUCAGGACUUGCAGCAGCCUACUUUGAGCGUGUUAUGAAAUCACACAAGGCUCUGACGACACAACAAACACUGGAUCCGCUCUGGACAAGAAAUUUGCAGCUAUCUGCCAUCUCAGUGGGUGUUGCUGCUUUAGAUCUCGUGCGUAAUAUGAGCGACGCGUGGACGAAUGGAUUUUUCUAUGGCUUUCAUCCGGCGGUCUUUGCAGUCAUUUUCCUUCAAGCUGUUGGUGGACUCACAAUUGCUGCUGUUGUGCGUUAUUCAGACAACAUUGUCAAGAACUUUGGCACGUCCUUUUCACUUGUCCUCUCGUGCAUUAUCUCCAACUACAUGUUUGACCAGACAGCUACGCUUUUCUUUUACGUUGGCGUUCUCAUGGUCGUGGGCUCAGUCUUUGUGUACGGUGACAGCAGGUUUGCGAUCAAACCCGUUACCAAGAAGGAGCGCCGAUAUACGACGGAAGACCACGCACAUGAAGUUGCCAUGGACACGAAAAGUUCGCAGAUGAUGUACUCAGGUGGUCAGCAUUUUGUUACACGGUCGGCACAAAACGUUAACGUAUCAUGCGUUUAG